CUGCAGCCUGGAGCCGAGCACAGCUGCUGCCCGGUGCGACCAGCGGCAAACAUCAGCGACUGUCCGGCUGCACCGUUACAUGCCGACCGCAGACCGCGGUUCUCGGACACACACACAAACAAAUAGACAAGUAGGCAAGAAAGCGAGCUGGUAGAAUUGAAGUAAGCCAAAACCGUAUCUGUUCCCUCUCUAUUUCGUUCUGACCAAGUGGGUAUUGUUCUACAAAUGGAUAAUGGAGACUGGGGCCAUAGGAUGACUACUCCUGUUACCUUGAACGUGGGAGGCCACCUGUACACCACCAGUUUAUCCACCCUGCAGCGCUAUCCAGACUCCAUGCUGGGUGCCAUGUUUCGGGGAGAUUUCCCCACCACUCGUGAUUCCCAAGGGAAUUAUUUCAUCGAUCGCGAUGGAACACUUUUCCGGUAUAUCCUGAACUUCCUGCGGACGUCUGAGCUCACGCUCCCCAUGGACUUCACAGAGACGGACCUCCUACGGAAAGAGGCAGACUUCUACCAGAUUGAACCUUUGAUCCAGUGCCUUAGUGAUCCCAAGCCUCUGUACCCUCCCGACAUCUUCGAGCAGGUCGUGGAGCUCUCUAGCACUCGGAAACUGUCAAAAUAUUCAAACCCAGUCGCCGUCAUCAUCACGCAGCUAACCAUAACUACAAAGGUUCACGGUCUGCUGGAAGGUAUUUCCAACAACUUUACCAAGUGGAACAAACACAUGAUGGACACCAGAGACUGCCAGGUGUCCUUCACCUUCGGACCAUGUGACUACCACCAAGAGGUGUCCCUUAGGGUUCACCUCAUGGACUACAUAAUGAAACAGGGCUUCACCAUCCGCAACACACGUGUGCAUCACAUGAGUGAGCGUGCAAACGAGAACACGGUGGAGCAUCACUGGACUUUUUGCAGACCAGCUCACAAAGUGGAAGACUGAGUCACAGCACAGUUGUUGUGGGUGACAUUAUGGUUUGAUUUUGCCUUCAUAAUACACAAAUCAUGAUUGAAAGGAACAAAAUUGAUUUUCUGUUUCAGUAAUGGAUCACUAAUAAUGAUUUUUACCCCUAAUUUUGAACAAUAUGGCACAAGUCCAGACAGGUAGCAUUAAAAAAAAAAAAAAAAAAAAAAAAAGAGAAUUCUUGAUUUAUUUACCUGUUCAAGUGCAAGAGUGUUAUCUUAGCAUAACACUUUAUUAUCUGUUCUACAACUAUAUACACAUAUAUAUCUGACUGUUCUUGAACUCUACAAAGCAAAAACGACAUUCCUUAUGAAGCAGAAAGGCCCCUAUAGCAAUGAAUGAUAGAUUUUUACAGGAUUGUGAUGUGGUUCCAGUACCUGCAUCUGUUUAUUCCGAAGUCAGUAAUAAAGUGAUUGUGAACAGGGAACCAGGUUUUGAGACUAUAUGCCUACAUACAGUAUCAGAUCUACAUCUUAACAUCCAUUAAUGUAAAUUUAGAAAGAUAAAAGAGGAGAUUGUAAAAGGUUUGUACCUCAUACACAAGCUGUCUUAGCCAUAUUUUGGACAAGAGACACUGAGCCAGGAUCCCAAAUUGUCAGGAGGGUACCUUUUUUUUAAUAUCAUAAUAAAUUAUGAUAUUCUUUAGCCCAAUUUCUUUCUGUGAGUUUGCAGUAGAUCUUAAAAUUAGUCUCUUAGCUCAUUAUACGGUACUAUUUCUUAAGACCCUAGUUGUUGUUGCAUGUGUCUGAGUGUAUGUAUAUGUAUUUUCUGUGUGCGCUUUGUAGUAUUAUGUCCUACUGUUACACUUUAGAGCUCAUAUCAACAGUGAUGUGGUGGUCAUUUGGUCAUUCCAGCCAAAAUAAACCCAUUUGUGUA